AGAACCCAAGGGGACCAUGGGUGCCUCCAGGCUCUACACCUUGGUACUGGUGCUACAGUCUCAGCGAAUUCUCCUGGGCAUGAAGAAAAGAGGCUUUGGGGUGGGCCGGUGGAAUGGCUUCGGGGGCAAAGUUCAAGAAGGAGAGACCAUCGAGGACGGAGCCAAGAGGGAGCUGCAGGAGGAGAGUGGUCUGACCACAGACGCGCUGCACAAGGUGGGCCAGAUCGUGUUUGAGUUCGUGGGUGACCCUGAGCUGAUGGACGUGCACAUCUUCUGCACACACAGUGUCCAGGGGAUGCCUGUGGAGAGCGACGAAAUGCGCCCUCAGUGGUUCCAACUGGAUCAGAUCCCCUUCAGUGACAUGUGGCCUGAUGACAGAUACUGGUUUCCCCUCCUGCUUCAGAAGAAGAAAUUCCGGUACUUCAAGUUCCAGGGUCACAACACCAUCCUGGAGUACAUGCUGCGCGAAGUGGACGAAGUCUAGGGGCAGAACCGUGCCCGCCCUCCGGGCCCAGAGAUUCGGCUGCUCACAGCUGC